AGAAGGAACUUCUCAAGCCACGUUUUCCCCUGUCCAAUACCCACUAUUCAAAAUCAUCUUUUGAAGUCCAAUUCAUUUCUCAGGAAGGCCACAAUGGCAAGUAAUGCCUUGCAAAGAAGCAAAAUGACUGAAAAAAACCAUAAUAUUACCAACAAUUACCCACCAAACUCUCAACCAUAAUGUCUUUAGCAUCACCAUACCUCAACCAGAGAUCAGAAUCAGAAUUCCUAAGUUGUUGGCCAAGACAAUGCAGAGAAGAAGCAAUGGCUGCACUACUGAUCACACCAAGGCCAAGAAGGAAAGGGUUAUUAAGCCUGCAAGCCUUCUUUCAAAGAAGGUUGGCGUUUUCUUCUCUAGUGUCUUUGGUAAGAAGAAACCACCCAAGGCUUGCUCUAAGGUCCACAAAAAUGGCGAUGGUUAUCUCCCUUUUGGGGUUGCGCUAAGGCCUGCAUCACCUGAGUACUAUGCAUUGAAGAAACUUUUGGAGAUUGAGGAGGAGGAGGAGGAGGAGGAGCCAAAGGUGGAAAAGAGAGAAAAUACACCGAGCACGGCAGCAGAUAAUUAUCUGAAAGUGUCAUUUCCUUUCUUGAGCUUUUUCAGCCGGUAUACGAGCCUGGGCUUCUUCAGAGGUAAACUCAACACCGGAAAUGGAUGGAACCAUAACCUCCUUGGUGGUGUUGGCAUGUCUGAUACCCUGACCGAAAGAAAGGACAGCAGCAGCAACUUGCUAAGGAAUUCAUCAAGGGUACCGAGUACCCGUCUUCAGAAGUUGAAGAUGGCUGGAUCCUUUGCAAAGACUGCGAUGAGGCAGAUUGGAGGAACAUCAGAGCAAGUCAGGGAAGAAAGACGAGAAGAAUGUGGCGAGGAGCUAUGCAAGAAGAGGAUUUUAAUGGGAGAGAAGUGCAAGCCCCUCAAUUUUUCUGGCUCCCUUCACUAUGAUGAAGACGGCAUUUUGUUGCCUGAGGUGCUUCUGUUGUAAAUAUUGGAAAAGCAACCUGUUCUUUCCUUAGGUUUUAAUUGACUUCCUGGAUUCAAAUUCAGAUGUUCUGUGAUUAAAUUACCAGAAUGA